AUGGGAGGCCGACCAACAAAGUCCCUCGAUGUCCCAAUAUGCUCCGUCUUUCUCUUCCUUUUCCUUAUUGGCGCCGCCUGCAAUAUGACACUCUUCCGUCUCAACCUCCGAAAACAACACAAAUUCAUCCCCUCUGCUGCGACAUUCGGUUUCUGCAUGUCGCGUGUUAUCGCAAACAUCAUCCGCAUCGCCUGGGCCUGCCAUCUGACAAAUAUUAGCCUUGCGAUUGCAUCACAGGUUUUUGUUGCAGCCGGCGUGGUAAUCCUUUUCAUCUUGAACUUGCUAUACGCACAACGCAUGUUCCGAGCAGUCUACCCGGCCGUGGGAUGGUCCCCGUCAUUCUCAUGGGCGUUCAAAAUAAUGUACGCUCUCGUUUUGGUGACUAUUAUCAUGGUCAUCACUGUCGUGAUUCAGAGUAUGUAUACUCGAGACACGAACAUCCUUCGUAUCGAUCGCGACAUCCUACUCUACGGCCAGACCUACUUCACCAUUAUCUCGUUCCUGCCACUUCCUCUCGUCGCGGUCACUCUUCUGUCUCCAAACAGAAAGCGCAUACAACAGAUCGGCGAGGGUAGCUGGGUUAGCAAGGUCUUUAUUGUUGUGCUUGCCAGCUUGCUACUCUGCCUCGGUGCGUCCUUCCGUGCUGGUACCAAUUGGAUGACACCCCGUUCCGUUUUGGAUCCGGCCUGGUAUCAUGGCAAGGCUUGCUUCUAUAUCUUCAACUUUACCAUUGAUUUCUUGGUUGUUGUUUUAUACUUUGUGUGUCGUGUUGACCAGCGAUUCUGGGUUCCCGAUGGAAGCUCAAAGGUGCGCCAUUACAGACGAGAAGAAGGCGAGAAGAACACCCAGACUUCACAAAGUGAAGCAUCUCUCCAAGCUCAAAAUGAACGAGACCUUGAGAGUCGGGAUCACAGUAAGCCUCAGAGUUUGAUAGAAGAAACAAAAUGA